AUGGAUUCGCCCGGCCUGCGCUGCGUGACCAUUCCCAGCACGCCAUGCCUUCAGAUUCCCGAAGGCUGGGGCGGCGGCCUAGCCUCCCCAAUUGCCGCCGGCCAUGUGUGGGCCCCUUUUCGGGCCGACGCACAAUCCGCCGACUCGCCCGUGGCCUUUGUGCUGACGGACUCCGGUCCAUUGACCCUCCAGCUGCCGGGGCUGCAAGUCCCUGCGGGCGGCUGGGAGGCGGGGGAGUUCUGCCCCGAAGUGCCCACCCUGGGGCGCGACGUCUGCAUGGUGGACGGGGACGCGGCGGUGGCUCUGGAAGGCCCGCUGGCGAUCGCCAUCCAGGGCGUGGUGGGCUCGGACGGCCCGUCCGACUCCCCCGGCAGCCAGGAUCUGGGCAAUUUGAUGACACAACUGGGCGGGGGAGGUUUUCAUGAGGGCGGCCCCGGUGCGGGCGACUGCGCGGUCGCCGGGGAGGACGCCUUCCACUCGGGCUCCGGCGGGGACGAUGAGGAUGCGCCCGGGCCGCCGGUGAUGAGCUCCGAAGAGAGGCGCAAGCUGCGCAACCGCAAGGCUCAGCGCAAGUUCCGCGAGCGCCAGCGCGUGCGGAUCUCGCGGCUGGAGGAGGAGGUCAAGGACCUGCACAUAAGGUGCCACGAGCUCGAGAUGGAGAAUGCCAAACUCGAAAAAGAGAAUGAGGUUGUCCGGGCGGUGCUUGACGAUGAGGAAGUGGAUGCAUCAAGCGGCAACCUGGCUUCACCGGCAUAA